CUCGACGCUCGUGUAUCUACGAUGUGAAUCGGCGUGGAUGGGUGUUGGGUGUGUGUGUGUGGACGGAUGGAUGGAUGGAUGGAUGAUGCUAUGAUAUGUGUGGAUGGAUGAUGGGUGUUGGCUUGGUGACUUGGUGACUUGAUGACUAUGACUUGAUGACUUGAUGACUUGGUGACUUGGUGACUUGAUGGCUGUUGGCUUGAUGGCUUGGUGACUUGACUUGGUGACUCGAUGAUACGACGUUGCUGUGGACGGGUGGACUGUAUGCGUGUAUGCGUGUAUGUGGGUAUAUAGUACGCAUACUACGCAUAUCCACAUAAUACGCAUGUACGCAUCUAUGUACAUAAUAUGCAUCUGUGUAUGCAAGAACCCAUACCUCGCAUACCUCGCAAACCUUUCAGUCCAAGUCGUCUCCACACACACAUUCUUUCUCCCUACUACAUCUCUACCUCCCAACUUUUUUCCUUCUUCCCACUCCAGGCAGGGGGUUUUACUACACGUUUCCUUGCUCUCUAUCUAUCUUAUUUCUCCCCUGAAUUUUUUUUUCAUUUCUCGCAUUUCUCUAAAUCCUGUUUCUUCAUCUCGUAUUUCCCCCUGAUUUUUCUCUUUAUUUCCCUUCUUCUUUAUUUCCCUUUUUCCUUUUUUUUCUUUUUUUUUGGUUUUGUUUUUUGCUUUUCGUUUUCUUUUUUUUUGCAAAGCACUUGGAUGCAUGCGGAGCAUACGUACAUACAUGUAUGCAUGACAUGCAUAUACCCAUAUUAUAUACCCCACAUAUGUAGCACGUCUACAUGCAUGCAUGCAUACGACAUCCUAGAAAGCUGUUUUUGUUGAGUUUUUUUUUGGCUGUGAUGUAACGUCGAUGGUAGGUAGGUAGGUAGGUAGGUAGAUUAU